UUUUCCCCAUAUAAAAAUGAGCCCAUUUUCUUAGUUCGUCACAAGGUUCCUUGGAAAUUAUAAAGAAAAAUAGAGCUUAUACCAAAGUGGGUUCAUUCUCAGAGUUGUGGAACACUCCUAAAUUGUUUCAUUUCUGUGUUUUUCUCCAAGGCUUCUUGGGAAACUAAUUGCAGAGGUGGGUUGAGCUGAUUUUUGAUGGCUUUGGGGGGAAUAGACGGCUGUGAUGCGUGCAACGCCAUGAUGGAGGCGCAGGUCAUUUGUAGACAUCAUGCGCACGAGCCCCGGGAGAACCAGUGCAGUUCAGUUCUUGUUAGGCACGUCAAAGCUCCUGCUAAUCUGGUUUGGUCACUGGUAAGGAGAUUUGAUCAACCCCAGAAGUACAAGCCCUUUGUUAGUAGGUGUGUGGUGCAAGGGGACCUCAGGAUUGGGAGUGUCCGGGAAGUGAACGUCAAGACCGGUCUUCCGGCGACAACCAGCACGGAAAGGCUAGAGCUGUUUGAUGACGAUGAGCACGUACUUGGCAUCAAAAUCCUCGAUGGGGAUCACAGACUAAGGAACUACUCCUCUGUUAUUACUGUUCAUCCAGAAAUAAUUGAUGGGAGACCAGGGACACUGGUGAUUGAGUCCUUUGUGGUGGACGUGCCUGAGGGGAACACCAAGGAUGACACAUGCUACUUUGUUCGGGCCCUCAUCAACUGCAACCUCAAAUGUCUGGCUGAAGUCUCAGAGAGGAUGGCCAUGCUGGGCCGAGUUGAACCUGCCAAUGCAGUCUGAGCUGGGUUUAGAGAAUAGGCCUGCUGAGGCUUAUCAUAGAAGAUUUGAAGAUAGGAGAGUUUCCUCUGUCAGCUCAAGAGUUUUGCAUAGAUGGUUCGGCAGCUUUUUUCCAUCUUAUAUUUGCUUUUACCACUUAAUUUCCUCAAGUGGCCGGAGAACCAGAUUCUCCAACAGGUUUCUGUAAAAGUUCUUAGGUUCUCUCUCAUCUCUUUCUGGGUUUUGUCCAUGGUGGUAUAUCAAUCUGGUGGUUGUCUGUAAAUAGUUUUGUUAAAGAAAGUUUCAGGCUUUAAUGUUGUAGUUGCAGGUGGAAUAUGGGAACUGAACCUUUGAGGCUCUGCUGCUUCACUGUCUUGUAUAUAUUGCACAACCUCUUCAGUUCAUUAAUGUUAUUGCAAAAAUUUCUGUUUAUA